CCUUCUCUUUUGCAGUUGAAGUCGCCGGUCAUGUUUCUGCUUUGCAUGUCGUCGAUCGCCUUUCCUCAUUCUUUUCCCUAACGUCUCAUUGAUUCUUACUUGACGCCGAGCUUAUGAGUAAUUAAUUCACCCGUCCACUCCGCAGCAUUGAAUCGCCCUCAUCGAAACCCCGGAGUAACGUCUAAAGCUCCUGCUAUAAAUAACCACUAUCUUAGGCAUGAGCAGCAAAGCUUCAAAGAAACCAAAACGAAAACUCUCUUCUCCUUUCCGAUUGCUGCGAUGGCGAACUCCUACACCCUCCUUGCUGACUUGAAAGCCGGGCGAUGCUCCAACACCGCAGAGCUGCGUUUGCUGAGGUUUUGGGAGGCCAGGAAUGUCAAGAAAGGAGGUGAACUGAUGAGCGUUGACAUGCUGCUCCUUGAUGAGAAGUCGACCCUUAUACAAGGAUCCAUUGGUUCCAUCCGUCAACUCAGAUUCAGGAACCGUCUCAGUGAAGGAUCUGUUUAUGCUUUGAGCGGUUUUGAUGUCUCCCGCAGCAACCCCAACUUCCGCUUGUCUGAUGAGCCUCUCUCCAUAAGGUUCAAUGAUGGAACCUCUUUUGAUAAGCUACCAGAGUCUGUUAGGCCCAUACCUACUGAGCUGUUCCGAUUCCGUUCAUACAAUCGGUUGCUUGAACUGGCAAACACAGGCAAACAGCUCCCUGACAUACUUGGGGAGUUAACUGCAAUCAGGAGUACAAUCACUGAUCGCAUACCUGGUGCACAGCGUGUGAUGCUCACUCUGCGUCUACAAAGUGGUGAGAGCGUUUGUGUCAGUUUGUUUGACUAUAUGGCGCUUGCGUUUCAUACCAAAUUUGAUAGCUACGGGAAAGAGCCAAGAAUUGUGCUUGCCACAGGCCUAAAUCCUAAGAUAGUAGGGGGUCGGUUAUUCCUGAAUGCUACAUCCGCCACCCAUCUCUACUUCGACUCUGAGACAAAUGCAGGAAAAUAAUUUUUUGACAAAUUGCCAGGUCAUGGAUCAGAGCACACAUCCUCUUCAUCAAAGGUUGUUCAUGCGCAGAAGAUUGAACCCAUGACUGUCUCUGAGCUUAACCAAUUUGUUAUCACUUCUGAGUCUCAGAUAAUUGAGUUUCUCUGCACUGCUAAGGUGACCGGUAUCGACCAAGCUGACGGUUGGUGUUAUAUUGGGUGUUCCGUGUGUUCAAAGAAGCUCCUCCGAGAGACCUCUUCCUUCACAUGUGUUCCAUGUAAUGUAACUAAUGCUGUUGCAGCACUGAGGUACCGGGUGACCCUGUCUGUGUCAGACAGCACUGAUACUGCAUCUUUCCUCGGCUUUGAUAUUGAGAUGGCUAAACUGACUAAUAUUCUAGCAUCUGAGGCUUCGCAGAUUGUGGUGCUGAUGCUCGGGUUGAUACAGAGCUUCCUCAGGCCCUCGCUGAGCUUGUGGGGAAAACAUACACCUUCCAGCUUAAGCUGAACGACUUCAACUUUACCUCAAAGCACCAGACCUUCACUAUCUCUCGCAUAUUCCCGGAGCGAGCCCUUGCACCUUUGCCAGCCUUCGUCGUUCAAGAAAGUGGAAAUAACCCUGAUGAGCCUGUUGCUGAAGCUGUUGCACCAGAUACGUCUGCCAGAGUUGGUACGACUUGCAACGAUACAUGAGAGCCAUCUGCACCGGAUGCUUCUGGGUCCGAGCUUUCAACAUCGACCACAGGCCAAGUAGCUUCUGGUGGAAAUGAGCGGAAGAAAGCCCGAGUCGAAUGAGUUCACUGCAAUAACUUGAACAACCACUGUUUCUAUUUUACAAAUUAAGCUUUUUAUCUUUUUCUUUCCGUCAGUAUCUCUUAUCCUUUUGUUUAAAAACUCAGUGAGGUGGUUGCUCAUUCUAUUAUUAAUGCAAAUCUUUUUUCAGAAUAACAAACUUCCAUUUGGUGUA